CAAAGAAUCCGAUCAAGAAUGGAAGCCGAAGGUCAAGAAGCGAACCCCCAAAACGACGCCGUAGUCACAUCCUUCUGCGAGAUCACCUCCGCCUCCAACCAAGAAGCCCGCUUCUUCCUCGAAUCCCACAACUGGGACCUCGACGCCGCCGUCUCAACUUUCUUCGAAAACGAAACCUCCGCCGUUGCCGAAGCCGGCGUUCCCGUUACCGCCAACCCUGUCGCGGCGCCCUCCCACUCGCUAUCGCCGUCUCCGUCGCACUCGCCGGAGUACUCGCCCUCUCAGUCACCCGCGCGCUCCCGCUCGCCCUCCCCGGCGCCGUCCCGCCAGGCGUACCAGCUCCGGUCGAAGCACUCCGCCUCCGGGACUAGCAAGGAGGACAACAAGCCGAGGACACGUGGCGGCAUUCGGACGCUUUCCGAUCUGAAUGGGCGUCCGGAGAAGGAUGGAUCUGAUAGCGACUCCGAUGAGCCCAACGAGUACUACACUGGUGGCGAGAAAAGUGGUAUGCUUGUCCAAGACCCUAGGAGAGGAGGCGAGAAUGAUGUGGAUUCAAUAUUCGCUCAAGCCAGACAGUUUGCCCAAGCACCUCCGGAAUCUUCAUCAAGCUCAAGAAGUUUUACUGGAACAGCUCGAACACUUACAGGAGAGACUGUUCCAACUGCUGCACCUCAGCCACCUGAGUCUGUCAAUCACACCAUUACUUUCUGGAACAAUGGCUUUACCGUAGAUGACGGUCCACUGCGGAGGGUGGAUGAUCCUGCAAAUGCAGACUUCAUGGCAAGCAUCAGGAAUUCUGAUUGCCCAAAAGAGCUUGAACCAGCUAGUAGGAGGACUGCUGUUCAUGUCAGUCUUAUGAAGCGGGAAGAAGACUACCCAGAACCAGUGAAGCAGUGCGGUCAGGUUGCUUUUCAAGGUGUUGGAAGAACUUUAGGUGGCAGCACCUCAGAGUCAGCUGCCUCUGACUCAACUGCCGCUGCCGCUGCCGCUCCUCUUACAACUGCUCCAUUGCCAUCACUGGGAUUAACCGUUGAUCAGUCAUUGCCAUCGACCUCUAUUCAGCUAAGGUUGGCCGAUGGUACUCGGAUGGUGUCUCGCUUCAACAACUACCAUACAAUUAGAGACAUUCAUGCUUUUAUUGAUGCAUCAAGACCUGGUGGGAUAAGAAAUUACCGGUUGCAGACAAUGGGUUUUCCUCCAAAACAGCUCACUGAUUUGGACCAAACAAUAGAGCAGGCUGGUGCCGCCAAUUCUGUUAUUAUCCAAAAGCUCUAGGAAGGGUGCGGACAAGCUUUUGAGUCUUGGAGCUAGAUAUAAGUACAUCUAUCGUAGUUAUAUGAUGAAUUCUUAUUAGACCCCCAACGAAGUUUCAGUAUCCAUGGAGGGGUUCAUCAAACGGUUUAUGCUUUCUUAUGCAAGAAAUUAUGUUUUCAAAGCAUAGGAAGCUAGUUUGUUAAGUAAAAAUUGUUGUUAAAUGAAGAACCUAUUUCGGGCAAAUUGGCUUCCCCACCUCCCCUUCUUUUUUACUCCGUCUGGUUUUUCCUCAUCUGCAAAACUUGAAUGA